AUGUCCUAUCAGCAGCAGCCGCCGCCUCAAGGAUAUCCCCAGCCGGCAUACGGUGGUUACCAGCAGCCUCAGGGCUACCCCCCGCAGGGCUUUGACCCCAACUACCCGCAGCAAGGAUACCAGCAGCCAGCAUACCAGCAGCCGGUUAGUGUUGACCUCAGCAACAAACGCAUCACACCAUACUUACUGAUUCAUAGAUGGGUUACCCAAAUCAAGGUGGUCCAGCCCCAGCUCCAGCACCAGAGCAGAAGGAAGAUAAGGGAUGUCUCUCGAGUUGUCUCGCUACGCUGUGUUGUUGCUUCGUAUGUGCCGAAUGCUGCGACUGCUGCACCGACUGCUGCGAGAUGUGCUGCUAAGCUCUAUGAUCAAUGA